GUUGCUACCGCUGCAAUCAAAACAGUUCACAGUUCAGCAAAUGCGACGCCGAAGAAGUAAAAAUCUCAUGGCGAACGACUACUAAAAACACCGCUAAUACAGGCAAUGGAGAACGACAAUCUCAGCGAGGCGGACUGUGGAGUGCAAAUAUCUAUCACUAAUGCGUCAGCCUCCGAAGAUGAGCUGGAGUCCGAUCGUCCUCGGGCUGAUGAAAAAAGAACGAUCGAUCCUGAUUCCGACGAGGAAUUAGAACGCGAAAUUGAAAAAGAAUUAGACAUAGACGAGAAUGGGGAUGAUAAUGUCGACCAAGAAACUGCAGCUCAGCAAAAAGAAGACGAAGAAAUAGCAACAUCGUUUAGUAAUGGAGUCUCCUUAGAAGAGCAAGGUGGAACGGAAAAUGGCGCCGAAAACAACAUUGAGAGCUCGAACGCCAACGAUGGCGAACAGGAUGGUGGUGAUAAUAAUAGUACGACUGAUGAAAAACCUCCAGUUGAAAUGAUUGGAGACAGGGUUUUAAUUGAACGAGAUGGAAAAUUUGAGUUGGUAGAUGCGAGUGAGAUUAAGGCAGAGUAUUUUGAAAUGCUUGGGAUUAGUCCAGAGAAAAAAGACAAAGACAGUGACGAUUCUAGUUCUAAUUCCAACACAAAUGUAUCUUCAGAUGAAAAAUCACCUAAGGCGGAUAGAAAAAGACCUAAAACGACUUCACUUGAUGAACUAAAACGUAGAAGUAAAAAAACAAGAAGCCCUGAGCGAAGAACAAUGAGCGCAAAGACGCGUUCGCAAAAUGACGAAUACUCUCAUUUAAAAUCACAAUAUGGUAUGACUGAAGAACAGUUAAAAAUCAAACGUAGAAGAGAGGAGGCGAUUGCGAAACGAAAGAAAGAAGAGAAGGAAAGAGAGGAAGAAGAAAAUCGAAGAAAAAGGGAAGAAGCAGAGAGUGCAUUUCAGGCAUGGUUAAAUGCUAAAAUUGAGGAAGCAAAAGAACGCAAACGACAAGAAGCCUUGAUGAAAGAAGACCCUAAACUGAGGGAAGAGCGGGCAAAAGAGGCUGAAAGUGCAUACAAUACUUGGCUUGAGACUAAAAAACAGCAGGAUAAAGUGGCCAAGGAAUACGAACGCAGUAGAAAGUCUGAGGAAGCAUCCCAGUAUGUCAUACGCGAUAGACAGCUUUGUGAUGAAGCUUUUCGAAGAUGGACAAGAAAGAAAAGUCUAGCAAAGAAAAGGGAAGAAGCUCUAAAGAAAAAGAAGAAGAAAAACAAACCUAAGCUGAAGAAAAAAGAGCCGCUACCACUUAACUCGAAGAACAUAACUCACCAAGAAACCCUUAAAAAACAGUCAAAUGGAAAACAAUAAUUAUCAGGCGUACAUCAAAAGCGACUUGGCGUCAACUUAGUAUUACGAGUACUACGGCUACCGUAACCAUGUGGUGCUGUGAUGAAACAGAAGACAAACAGCAGCAAGAUACAAAGGGAGAGAUGCAAGUCUAACAACGGUCACAAACGUGUGGUCCGGACAGCAACGUUCAUUUUGGAAUGUUAAUGGGCGUGUGCUGUUCUUAAUUCAUGUUGUAUUGGUGACCAAGAUAGCGCGUGGCAAACGAUCAAGGAGAGACUAAGUCUAGAAUGAAGUUUUCUACAUGAAUCUCAGGGGAGGAUCUAGGGGUGGGCCGAGCGUGCCCCAGCUCCCUUAAUUUCAGAUCCGGCCUCCCUUCUUGAAACCCUUGCUGCUCCGCCCCCCACCCCUCCCCCCUGGAUCUCCUAGAUCCGCCCUUGAAUCAUAGGUUGUUUGAAUCUUAGGUUGUUUACGGUGCUCCUGGGAACAAGCUUCUGUAAUACAUGUAAAGAGUCUCAGAGUUACACAAUUAGUGUGGCCCAAAGGAAAAGACAAGAAACUAAUGAAAUAGCCACUUAAAUCCCCUUAUAUCUAAGGAGAUAUGGACGCCAUAACGUAGAGGUCGAUGAUUGCUUGUACCCGCUGUAUAGAAAGCCUAUGAUCAUAUGGCGGUACCCCCAUGUAGCGGCCACUUUCAAAAAACCUAAAAUAUUGGUCACUCAAACAUUCCAAUUUUUAAAUACCUACUUAAAGCAGUCAUGGCCACCAUGUUUUUGCUGUAUUUUUACCUCUAUUAAGCGGCCAGAAAAUCCUUUUAUUGGGUCGGAGCACCCUUUGGUGUCAGUUUAAUCAAGAAAUGGGAUAUGAAUGGAUAAUAAAACAGAAGGCUCCUAGUCAA